AUGUGUAUCCCUAUUAUUUCUAAAAAGAGUCGGUCGACCGGCUGGUAUCGUGUUGUGGGCAGCGCGAAGAGAAGAUAUGCUGUUACGAUAGCACAAAGGUUCAGGAAGAUGGCUGCAGUGAAUGCAGUGAUGACCUACGCGACUGUUCCUGUCAAGCGUAUGGACAGACCCAGGGCAGUGGUCACUAUGAAACUGGACUAUUCGCAGGCCUCAAAAUAUUGCGCCUGUGGAAAUGCCAAAGACUCCUAUUUACUCUAUGCCAAGGAAUUGGAAUCUUCAGGCAGUUGUGCUAUUGAGAUAUUGAAUGGAAGCGAGGGAGUUGGUUCCAUCGUAUUGAACAGAACUGGAGUUGACAAGGCCUGA